AGAGACUGGGUUUCACCAAAUUGGCCAGGCUAGUCUCAAAUUUCACCAAAUUGGCCAGGCUAGUCUGGAACUCUUGGCCUCCCAAAAUGUUGGGAUUACAGGCGUGAGCCACGGCGCCCAGUGGGUAGUCUUUAGUGUUGGAUCCUGGAAUCUUGGGCUUCUGAAGGGUGGAGACUGGUUGACGGGGUGGAGAUAGCACACGGCUAUGUUCACAGGAACCAGGCUGGAGAAUGGUUACAGAGCUUUUGUGCCUCUCCUCAAGAAUCCAGAACCUCGGCUGCUCGUUGCACUGCGCAUAGAAUGUGACACCCUGGAGAGGAGACGAAUUCAGAUACUUAAAAUGCAAGAAGCCAAGAAGGUCGUUAUAAUUGAACCUACUACGAGCGUCCCGUCCAAGCUAUCAGGACGAUCAGAGAAAAAGAAGUCCACUCGCAAGUCUCCGACCUUUAGGAACAGACCAGACUUCAGGAAGGAUAAACGUCAGCCACUCAAUAAAACCACCAAGCAAAAGAAGUAAUACUAGGUGUGAAAUUACUGGAAUUUAACGUGAGAUUUCUUUUUCUAGAAAGACUCCUUCUCCCAGUAUCUGCACUAAGGCUUGAGUACGUAAGCCCCAGGCACCGGGGAGGCUCUGAGGGUGGAUGGGAACGGCAGGAGAGGGCUGGGGCAAGCACAUGGGUGGGAGUGAGGAAGGCUGUGAAGUCUAGUACAAUGAGCCUUUGAGGGACGGAGUAGGGGGUGGGGUCUUCUCAAACCAGACUACCUCCCCUUGGGAGGCCUAUCUCACAGCCCGCCUACUCCUGCAGGGGUUAGGUGUCCCUCCACCCCCACACUCCACCACCUCCCCGGGCUGAAAUUCCCCCACCCUCCUCCGUGUCUCUGCCUCUGGGCAGUUUCUUCCUCCCGCCCUUUGCCUUUCCCCCUCCCUCCCCCUUAUCCAAGGGGAGAAGCAAGGCAGCAGAAACCAGAGCUGGUU